AUGGAGCUACCAGGGAAGAGUGAGCGAGAGGAAGACCAAGGAAAAGGUUGACGGAUGUUGUGAGGGACGACAUGAAGACAGUGGGAGUUAGAGAGGAAGAUCCACGAGAGGCUUAGAUGGAAAAAGAUGACACAUAUGCUGUGGCGAACCCGAACGGGACAAGCCGAAAGAGUAUGAUAUUUAUAUUUCAAAUGCUAGCAACAGUGUAUUUCUUGUUUAACUACUACUACUACUCUCUCUUCUUUGGCUGCCAUUCGGCAUGUCGCUGUGAAAUAUGAAUCUGGUUUCCAACGUAAAAACGUCCCGAGACUCGCAGUGUCAUGUGAAGAGCACGAAAUCCCUUCGUCACGGGGGCCUACAUGUAUAUAAAUGUGCAGCGCUCACAUUCAUCUCGCGUGGAAAGGUCCUGCCCCCUCGCUUCCAUUCCAGCUUUGAGCAUUCAUCAGAGGAGCGGUUGCAGCGGUAAACAUGUCCGAAGUUCUUCAGGCAAGCGGAAGCACUUUGGGACGGUGCAUGUGCAUCAUCACGGGAGCCUCGAAGGGAUUCGGACGCGCGCUCGCGCUCCUUGUAAGUACAGCCGUCCGCUCACUCGGGAGAAGAAGAGACGAGGUGGUGCGGUUUUUGCAGGCGUCACGCCGCCUCAAGCCGGGCUCCGUGCUGGUCCUGGUGGCUCGCUCCGGCCUUCUGCUCCAGGAGCUGAAGGAGGAACUGCUGCAAGGCCUCCAGGACGUCCAGGACCUGAGCGUUUGCUGUACGCCGGCAGAUCUCAGCACCAAAGGAGGCGUGGAGGACGCCGUCGAGGUGGCCAGACAGCAAGGUCUCGAGGGAAUCGAACACGUGCUUCUCGUCAAUAACGCCGCGUCGUUGGGCGACAUCUCCCCGUUCGAGAGCUUCACUGAGCUGGACGAGGUCAACUCCUACCUGGCCCUCAACGUGAGCUCCGCGCUGGCGCUGACCGCCGGAGUCCUGCGGGCCUUUCGGCCGAGGGCCGGGCUGCGGUGGAGCGUGGUCAACUGCUCCUCGGCGUUGGCGCUGCGGCCGCUGCCCUCCCGGGUGCCGUACUGCACCGCCAAAGCGGCCAGGGAGAUGAUGUUCAGGGUGCUGGCGGCCGAGAAUCCCAACGUCAAAGUGCUCAACUACUCGCCGGGCCCAAUGGACACAGAGAUGCAGGAGCAAAUUCAGAAGCUGACCGGCAUCCAGAAUCAUUUGUACCCAUGCCAGGAAUCUGCAAGCAAGCUGCUGAGCGUUCUUUUAAAGGACGACUUUGCCACAGGAUCGCACCUUGAUUUCUUCGACUUGUGAUCCCAACGGCAUGCUUGUUAUCGGUAUCGCAUGACCAUUAGG